AUAUUAACACACACACACACACACACAAAAUAAAAAGGGCAAGAGAGGAGAGGAAAGGAAAGAAGGGAAAAAGGAUCUCUCUCUUGUGCAGCGCGGCGUUGGUUUGGCGUAUUGGAAAAGGAAAACAAAAAAAACAAAAACAAAAAAAAUGAUUUUGUUUUGUGGAAGGAAAUAGCAGAGGAAAGAUCCAGAAGGGAAAAGGGGUGCUCUCUCUCUAUCUCUCUCUCACAAAUCACAAUUCGAUUCCAUAGAGGAAGAAGAGGAAGGAAAGGAAUAAUCUCUCGCUAUAAAAGGAAGAAAGGAAAGGAAAAAGAAGAGGAGAAUUUUCAUUCAUACAUACAAACAAACAAGCCCUGAGUCUCGUGCGCCUCUCUCUCUCUGACUCUCUGUCAUUGUUGUUGUUGAAGAUUGUUGAAGAUUGAUAUUUUGUUUUUCCACGAGUGCCGUUUGGUUCGAUUUGGUUGGAUUCGGCAAAAGGAUCUGUGGUUUUUAUUUGUGGUUGAUUGUGUUUUCAAGAGGAAGAGGUGGUGAUUUUGUUUUUUGAUUCUUCAGGCUGGUAGUCUGAGAAGCUUCUGGACUUUCUCCAUCUCUGAUUAGUCAACAAUGAUUACUCCCUUCUAAUGAUUAGCUUGUGUUCCUGCACUGGGGUGUCUACCUCUACUCUUGAGAUAAGCAAGAAACAAGGCGCGACGGCAUCCUGUAAAGCCUGCGGUGGAAAGCCUUUGGUUAAUGGGAGGGUGCCAUCAACCAGUAGCAUGCCGGGUGCUGUUGGUUUGGAACUUACUAGAUUUGUCAACUCUGAUUUGACUUGGACAAAUAUUACGAAAGGAAAUAGGAGUUCAUCAAGGCGAGCUAGGAAAUCACUGACAAGAAGCUUGAAAAAUAUUGCAGAGCUAGUCAAUAAGGACCCCAAAGCUGUGGACAUGCCUGUUUCUGAAUCUGAGAAGCUUGGUGUAAGUGUUCUUGGGUGCCGCUUCAGUGAAAAGGUAGAACAUGUACCAAUCAAGAAAAGGAGAUUUAUGUUCAGAUCGCCAUCUCCGCCACCUAGAGUCCCUUCUCCACAUUCUGAGGAGAAUGGACUGCUCUUUAAGUGUAAAAAUGAUUUGCGUGAGGAGUUUCAUCCCAAUCCAUUGGUCAAAUCACGAUCUGUUGCAAUUAAAGCUUCUAGUUCCAUGAAUGAUUUGGGUCGAAUAGUUGAUAGCGAAAUUGAUAUUGGUGCAAAGAACCUGGUCAGGGCAAGUGAUAAAGCUGAUGAAGCCGAAGAUUUCUCUGGUAUCUCAAUACUUGCAGCUGCUGCCUGUAGUAACAGUUUUGGAGGAGAUGAAGGCCAUGUUGAGGAGAGUUCAGGAAUGGAAGAAUCUUUUGUGUGUGAGGGUGCUUUUGAAGAUUUUAAGAAUGGUGAAUCAUGUUCUUUGUCAAAGGGAAUUUCCAAGGAAGACCAAAGUUCUGCUGAAAUUUCUAAAGAAGGAAGUGGUUCUUGUACUUCCAUCAUGCCUGCUGAAGAACUAGCUGCCUCCUCAAGAACUGCCAAUUCAUCCUCAAAUUGUCUGCCUCAAAGACAUACAAUGGAGGGUACAUCCUUGCAGGAUCUUUCUAUGGCUACGUCAAAGGAUCUUUUGAGCAAGAGUGAUGAGGGAACGGUUGGAAUGCAGGAAUCCUCUUCACGAGAUGGUAGGUUGCAUUGGGAUUUAAAUACAGUAAUGGAUGCGUGGGAGUGCCCUUUUGAUGGUCAGAGUUCUGGUUCUCAGACUGAUGUUGUUGUUGGCGUCUCUGAAUAUGGGAAAAGUACUUGUAGUGAUAGGACUGGGAACUCUGAAGACAAGAAAAUUGGAAGCAUUAAAUGUGAUGCAGAAAAGGAAACACUGUCAAUUAAUUCAAGAGAUAUGGUACAAGAAACAGAAAAAUUAAAUGUAGAGGAGCAUAAAUUGGAUCAGUGCACUGAUACCGAUAGUGCUAUUUGCUCGCAGAAAGGGCAACUUUCUUCUGAGAUUGAUUUGGCUCCAACUUUGGUUUCAGUUCAUGGAACACAAUCCUCUCAUAGUUUAGAGGGUGUUAGCCCUAAGUCUGGAUCUGUUGACUUGGUUCCAGUUGAUGAUGCACUUGGGCUGCGAACAUCUGCUGAUGCAGAUAGAAAUGCUUUAGCCCAGUCUGUAACGUCUGGCUCUUCAGUAAGCAGUGAAACUUUACCUUUGCAUCAGGUUGGCAGCUUGGAUUUUUGUUCAGGGUUCACUCAUACUAGACCAAAACAUUGUACAAGCACAUUUGUAUCUGAAGAUAACAGCAAUGCAGCUUCUGUUGAUAUUACUAGUAUGAAGAGUGUAGAUGACAACACUGCUGGUUUUCAGACAGGUGAAAUUAUUUCCCCUGGUACUAAGGUUGAUCUGCAGGAGCCCAUAGCUUUGCCUUGUAAUUCUACCUGUGAGAAUGAGAAUGUUAAUGGUGUAGACGCUGAGGGUGCUGAAGGAGCUUCCAUUCUUGAUAGUAGGAUUGCACCGACCAAUGUAGUUGGCUUGGAGGCUGGUCAAUUACAAGAAUCUGGGUCUUCUGAUAAUGCAAUGAAAAUUUCUGCUGCGAACUCCGAUGAAGUGGGUCCUUCUCAAUCUUCUGACAUUUUUGUAGAGUUGCCCACCUCUGCUGUACUGGUUGGAGGUCAACCUGCAGGGAUUGUGGAUGUUAACGUGCAACAAGGCAAAGUUUCUGUUGAAGAUAAUACUGAAACUGGUUCUCAAAUGCAUCUUGAUAAUGGGGAACCCAAGUCCUCUGAAAAAAGUGUGGCAGUGUUACACGCUCCAUCUGGUUAUUCUGAUGAUCUUGUUAAUGUUUCUGAUAAGGUGUCUCCAGAAGAACCUUUGGUCAACAAUUAUGUUUCUGACGUAUGUCAUGAUGAUGGGCAUUUAGCUGGAAUUGAAAAAACAAGUGAACCAGACAUGGAUUAUGAUUCCCAGUAUGAAGAUGGGGAGGUCAGGGAAUCCAUUUCGCAUACUUGGGAAGAUUAUGAUGGUGAAGAUGUAGAAGCUGAACAUGUGGACUAUGGGUCUGACAACACUAACACCUUGAGCUGUGAAGGUGAUCAAGUUAUGAAGAAUACCCUGGAAUCAAGCUUUCAACCUCAUCCUAGUGUCUCAUUAUUGACAGAAGUUACUAAGGCAGGAUCUGGAAAGGAAAGCACUGUCAAAACUACCACACCUUACUUGCGAGGACAGUUUACAGGGAAAGAUGCAAGCAAUGUUGUUGGGACAAGUGACAGUAUGGACAACAAACCUGGUGUAAGUACCAGCAAGGUGACCAGAAUUGAUGAGACUGAUGCAAGGGGAGAUGAUAUGAGGAAAGCAAUCCAAUCAGCUAGUAUAAACUUCAAAAUGUCUGGAUGGGAGCAGUCGGAGUGUCAUAAAAAUUUUUCAGAUACGGAGACUGGAGUUAGAGAUGGCAGCAGCUGGAAGAAAAUUGAUGGUGAUUGUGUUGAUGGAUUUGAUGCUGAGGAUACUGAGGCAAGGAUGGCUGAAUCUGGAGUGUUUAAGAGGGAUCUGCGGUCGCGUAUUGAAGUAAGACCAUCACGUGAUAUGCUUUUUGGAAAAGAUAGGCUAUCUUUGCAAGGAAGCAGAUUCAGUGAUGCUGAUGGGUUAACUCCUAGAUUUGAAAGGGAAUCUGGAUCUGCCGAAUUCUUUGGUAGGGGUAGAUACUCUCGGCAUGCUUACAAUAGAGAUCUGGGAGGUGACCGUUGGGUUGAUCCUUCAGAAAGCUAUAGGGGCCAAAAACGUCAUCAUUCUCCUAAUUAUCAUGCUACAAUGAAUUUCCGUCAUGUUGUGUCAGAAAAUGGUUCACAUCGGUCUCUAAGAAGUCGUUCACCAGUUGGAAGGGAUGAGGCUUUUGGUAUGCGUGUGGAUGUUAGACCAGCUAGAGAGAUCAGCCCAUAUAGACGCAUGACUCUUGGCAGGGGCAGGUCUGUAAGAUAUGUUCCUCAAGUUGAUGGGAGGGGACCUAGGGGGAGAUAUGGGCCACUACCUGGUAAUUUCCGUGAUUCCUCUUUUAACCAUUCACAUCCUCCAACCAGGAGAGAGAGAAGCUUUUCUCCUAUUGAAAGAAGAGGGAAUACUCAUGCGCAUCAAUUUUGCACAAAAUCUCCAUCAAGAUCUAGAACUCGGUCUCCUAUUUCUGGUAAUUCAGGUUUCAGACAGAGAAGUAAAUCCCCUAAUUUCAGAUCUGAGAUCAGGAUGCAGAGACAGCGGUCACCUUACCAGCGGCCUGGCUUUUUGGCAGAUCAUGUGGUAGGAUUUAGGUCAAUGCGAAGAGGUCGUGGUUCCCCACCUCAUAACUCAAGAUGGAUUGGAGAUAGGAGGGAAGGAGUUGGUCAUUUCAGGGAGCAUGGAUACAAUCAACGUACUUCAGUUAUAGAUAGGAGAUUUGAUCAACAUGACAGGUUUGAAUUGGUGGAUGCCCCGCGGAGCUACAGACCUUUGUAUUCUGGAAGAUUGUCAGAUAUGGAUGGAGUUGGUAGAGGCAGCCUAAGGUAUGGUGGCAACAAUGAUGAGAGAAGGAAACAUGUUUAUAAAUAUCGGUCAGGUAAUGUUGGAGUACGUAAUGAUAUGGAUGAACCUAUUAAGCGGAUUCGUUAUAAUGUUGAAGGUUUUGUGGCGGCACGUAAUUCUCGUUAUCAGGAUAAUGAUGAUUUCCACAGCCGAGGGAAUCCUAAGGAUUUCAACAGGGGGGGCAUUGACAGCCGAAUAGGGGACAUACCUAGAAGAUCCGGAGAAGGAGGCCCAUAUGAAUACCAACGAGAAGGGAAAUAUGAUGUAAAAUCAAAUCCUUCUGCAAUGUGGGAAGGAGAAGAGGAUUCAUCUCCUAGGAAAAGACCUUCGUAACGUUAGUACCCAGUGCCCCUUUUUUUUUUCCAUCACAUUGGGUGUGUCUGCAGGUAGACAGAAAUAUGUUGGACCUGAUGAAAUUUUUUCAUUUUCAACAGGAAAGCAUCCAAACCCUGCAGUUCUCCUUGUAUUCCAGCACUUGUUGGAUUUGCAUUCUCUCAUUUGUUUUUCUUUUUGAAUUUUAGGUGAAGUCUAGUGGUUGCUUCUCAUUUUUGACUUUCCAUUUUAAAUAUAUGUUUUCUUGUGGCCAAUUCUGGUCGAUGUAGCCUCUUUUGUUGGCCGUUGAAAUAUAUUAAUUAAAUCAAUGAAAAGUUUCAUUUUUUUUUUC